AUGGUGCGGCUAGCAAUAAUAGUGUGUCUGGUGUCGCGUGUGAUUUGCGGCGAACACACUGUUCAACGCGGUACGUACUCGGAACAUGUCUAUAGGAAAUUAAGACCCAAUAUGCCGACGCUACAAGGUGGAGUUAAUGCUUACAGACAGUUUGAUAAACCUCGGACGUAUUCUGCCGUCGGAUUGCCCCCAUACGACCCACUCAUGGUGAAAGCACAAUAUGAUACGAGAACCUUAGAGAAAAUGAGAAACGAAGCGCCGAUAGUGUACGAAGACUUCAUCGCGCCCUACACAACACCUUCAAUAAUUAAACAGAAAAUAGACUACGAAAUAGCAAAAUCUGUGGCUGAUGCUAAAUACGAAGAUUCAAAGUCGUCGGAUGAUGAUACACUUGAGAAACUGAAGUCCAUAAUGCAUUAUAGCCCACCUACGGAGAUGACGAAGGAUAUCAUGCCAGACUAUGCCAGCAGUGAAUAUAGUAUGGAUGAUGAUGAUGUCCGGAGCAGUUCUCGAAGUUUGUAUGAUAAUUGGCCAUAUUUUUACCAUAGUCCGUAUGAAUAUGAAACCAAUGGAGACGCAUUGAACACAGAAAAAGCGAAAGACAAACGUUACGUGAUGGAUGGUUUUGACAGUAUAAUUCCUGUUCAAGAAAUUAUUGAAAAUGAUGUGCCACCACAGCCAUAUGAACCCCCACGCAAGUACUACCACGAAGUGACAGACAAUCCAAUUGUAGCUGAUGAACCAUUCUUUUCAUUCAUACUUAAUGAUUAUUAUGAAAAAAAUAAUGCUGAGGAUCCUGUAAUAUUCAAAGGUUUAGAUAUUGGCAGAGACUUUGAUCACGAAACUUAUUUUCCUGAAGUUGAAGAAGCAAGAAGGAGUCGUCGAAUAGAUAACAGCUAUUACACAACAAUAAGUCCAGUGACAUCACACUACGACGCUCACAAUAAAGUCUCGCAAGCAGAAUCAGUAACUGAGCAACACAAUAGACGGAAUCAUGAAUUUGAUACACGAAAAAAUGGUGUAACGAGAGGCGAUCAUAAUAAUUCUGAGUACGCAAAUAAAGCGACAGAAUAUAAUGGAUUUAAGGAUUUUCUAGAUAAUUUUGCGCAAAAAUUCGGAUCAGAAGACCACAAGAGAAAUUCAAAUUAUAUUCAUGAAACUAAUAAAGAUAAAGGUGAAAAUAGGAAGGGUUUUCGCAGGGUUUAUCAUAAGGAUGAAUAUAUGGAAGACAAGGAAUUUUAUGAUAAUAACAAUAGCAGUACGCGGGGUGUGGACAAAGCUAGUUCAAACGCACAUAUUGGUGGAUCUGAAGCGUAUUUGCGGUCCCAAGCUGCAGCGGCUGUAGGGAACCGAUCUCAUGCUGCAAGCAACGCAGGCAAAGCAAAUAACGCUACAUUCAAUAAUCAUUACAGCGGACAUGAUAGAUCUAAUACAUCAGAUAACAAGUUUAAUAAAUACAUAGAUGUCGCGAAACAGACAGCUCAAAGCAACGAUGCAGAUUAUGCAGACCAUUAUAGGAUAUGA